AUGCAGAUGUUGGCCCAUGUCUCAAUAUUCAACCUUGUUAACUUGUAUAACAAGCAGAAUCCAAGUGAUGAAUCAAUCAAAUUCAAAGAAGAACAAUCCUUUGGAGCGUUGAUGUCACACGAAGUCUGCAGUGAUGCACUGGAUAUUCACCGCCUAUUGUAUCACUUUGAUCUCCGAGGUGCUGUCCUUACUGUCCCAAACACUGGCCUCGACUCUUCAAGAUAUUUAAAAGCAAUGAAAGAACAACUUGAAUAUUGGUCCAAAUCUGGUACUGAGUAUAGAGACCACGCGUGUGACAAAUGUCUAUAUGUCUCCGAUGAAAAUAAAGCAAUCCGUGCUUGUGUUACUGAUGGGGUCACUAUUGGACAUUGGUGCUGUAGUGCUUCAAGUGAUCAAUUAAAGAAAAUAGCCAAAUUAUCAAACUCUCCAAUGCCCGAUGGCCCUUGUCUCAAUCCAUUGACAAGCAUUCAUGAUAGAUUAUGUGAAACCCAUCAACGUAUCUUGAAGGAUCAAUGUGUAGUUCAGCCUUGUAUAAGGCCACGUCGACCUGACUAUGACACCUGCAAUGAUUCUGAACAUAUUGCUAUCUCAAAUCAGUUUCACCACCGCAAGCGUCAAAAUUUUACCAUGGCAUCAAAGCUAUCGCGCCCUGGAGCCAAACUACCAACAGACCCAUCGGUCCAUCAGAAUUGUUGGACAGCAGAGUUAGAUGAAUCAACACUCGUUGAUGUUGAUGAAUUUGAUCGAGCACAUGAAGCUGGAAGAUAUGGAGGACAAGAUAUUGACAACAAUCCUGAAGACAUUGGAAAUCAGACCAAUCAUAAUAAGGGCCGCAAACCCUGUAUGUCACGCUGUCCAACUCACAAUGAUCAGCUGAUUGUGAGUACCUGCGGUAUCAUCUUGGCACGGUCUACUUUCUUUCGAGCAGAAGCUCCCAGUGCUGUGAAGCAAUUCAUACUGGACUCUUUCCCGGAACGGCUCCCCAACCUCAUUUUCUACGAUAAUGCAUGCAAUUUGGUCCAUCACAUUUGGAGUAAUCCCAAGGAUGCAGAAGCAUUCAAAGAUGUUGUCAUUCCAGUUGAUGUUUUCCACAUGUGCUCACAUAAAGAGUCCGAUCAAUUCUGCCAAGAGUUUACCAAUCCAAACAAGAUACCAGACCUAAAAAAAGGUGGCAAGUGGAUGUUCAAUUCAUCUGCUGCCGAACUGACAAACAUUUGGAGAUGGUCAGAUUACGAAAUGGAUGGUUGGAGAAAAAGCUAA